CCUCAUGCCUACUGUUUUCUUUUUUUCUUUCUUUCUUGUUUUUCAUUUACCCCUUUUUUUUAGGUAUGCAAAAUUACAUAAUUAGUUGAGUUGAGGCCCAGGAUUAAAUCACCACAUUGAGAAAAUAGUUGCUGUUUGCAUGGCAUUGAUUGAAAACAAGCGCUGAGUAAACAGAAUUUGUUGACAUCGAUGCACACCUGAAUGAGAAAAUAGUAUGAUAGUUCAAGCUAUACAAGCAUGUACAAAUGUGCCAAGUACACCUUAUCCACUCCUAGUUGAAGUAUCUCAACUUCACCUCCCAGUCCACAAUAACCCGGGCUGUGUUCUGAUGAGAAGUGGGAAGAAAGCACUGCAGUACGGGCUACCACUAAUUUGCCCGUUCUUUAUGUGAUCAAGAGAAAAGGGGCAGAAGCAAGUAAAGCCUCUCACAGAAUGAAACUUAGCAUGUACUUAUAGCCUAUCUUACGUGGGAAUCAUAUGUGUCAAAAACAGUAUCAGGGACAAUUAGAGGUAACUUAUCUAUAUACAUGAAGAGCCUUCUCAGAUUCUCCCUUGUCACCAUGGCCAUGUCAACAAUAUCCCUGCUGUCUGUAUAUACCCAGAGAUCACCAGAGUUAACUCUCUUCAGAUUGUCACGGCAAAAGGGGCAUGACUGCGAUCUUGUUCGCCUGAAAUUCAUUGGAAUAAACAUCUAUGACAAUGAGAAACAUAGAAUGAGUAAAAAAAAAAUUGCUCAGUUGGCAGUCGCAAUCCUCAGAAUGGAAGGAAUUAAGAAGUACCUGAGAAUAUUUACUAAACCAUAGAAAGGAUAAAGAGAAAUGCUAAGAUCUAGAACCAAAAAAGGAAAGGGUUAUGACCUGAAAUUUUUUUCUCUAAUAGUAUUUUUAUAUAUUACUGGUGCAACCAAAUCCUUGGUAUAUUUUUCAUUUUUCAUUUUUCAAUUCUUUCUUUCAGUUAGUAAAGUAACAUGAAGCUAACCACAACUAGUUCUUUUAAACGGCUUGAUCAAACUAAAUCUUCAAUCACAAUUAAACAGAGCUUUACAUC